UAUUUUUAUUUCAUCGAAGUACAUAUCGAGUUUGAUAUUGAUUUUAUAAGUUUAGACGAAAGCGAGAUCUUUGAAAACGUAAUGUCAGAAGCAACAAUUCAGCCGCAGCGGCAUAGAGUACCCAAGGAUGGCCCGGGGCCCAGGGGGGUACCUGACUGCUACUAUACCUCGCGCGUCCUAAACUCAACUUCCCGAUACGCGAAAUUCGUCCGUAGGCUGCGCGCCGAGGAAGAGGACCAGCGACAGGGCGCAGAGACCAAACUGAAAGAGCUCAAGAGCAAACAGGCUAGCUCCUUCUUCAUGCACUGCGAGCGAAAAUCGCACAUCAAUAAUGUGGCGCGACGAGUUGACUUAUGCUUGGCGUCGUAUGAACAAGAUCUCAAAGCUAAACGAGGAAGACUGAUGGAGCUGUUGAAGCGCGAAGAGGAGACAAACAUCCGCAAGUUCGUGGAGCAAGCCCAGGCGGGCAUCGAGGCGGCGUGGCAGGACAAGUUGGACCGCUUGCAGUACUUACUGGAAAAGCGGAAGAAGGAACAUGAGGACAAAUACAAGGAUACGCCGCUAUCAAAAUGCGUCCACGUGCUCCCAUGCAUAUACAAACUGCGCGCUAAAGAGGCCGAAGAGAUUCAACUGUACCAGAUCAAGGAGAAGGAGGCGAGGAAGAUGGCUGAAAAGGAGUUUGACAAGAUGUGGUAUGAAGUUGCAAUGAAAGAGUCUGAGGCCUUGGCAGCUCGUAUGGAACAAGACGCGAUAGAGAGGUUCCGUCGCGACCAAGAAUGCAACAAAUAUAGCCAGCUUCAAGUAGAACAGAGACGGUUACAACGCGAGAAAGAGAAGGAGAUGCUUAAAGAAGAGGCCAGAAGAUUUAAGGCACUCUGGGAUGAAGAUAUUAAGAAAGAGGAGGAAGAUGAGCGCCAACGCGCGGAAAAGAGCAAACAAAUGGCGCAAGAACGCAAACUAAUGCUUGUAGAAAAGCAGGAAAUCUUAGCUAAGAAACAAAAAGAAGCAAAACUGAUAUCUGACACUUGGGACUCCCUCGCCGGGCAGGGCAUGGCUGACCAGCAGGCCAAAAUCAUGCUUAGGAGACGGAAAGAGAAAGACUUGGAUGAAUGCAACAAAAGAAUGAUAGAACUGAAGAAGGAGUUCGAGGAGAGGGAGAAACUGGCGGAAGGGCCUGUCGCAGAGGACGCGCGGCAAAGACAGGAGAUGUUAGACAAGAAGCGCUGCGAGUACCUAGGCUGGGCGCAGAAGACUAACAGGGAAGUCCGCCAAGCGAUGAUCGAACAGAUCAAAGAUCGGCAGAACGCCAGAGAAGUACUGAAGCAGAAGAUGCAAGAACAGGAAGAGUAUCAGCAGCAGUUGUUCUCCCAACUGAACCAGUUGAGCGACCACAAGGCUCUAACAGAUGUUCAGGCUAGGAAGAAACAUCAACAAGCUUUACUUGAGCAGAUCGAGUAUAACAAGCUACUGAAGGAACGAGCUCGCCAAGAAGAAUUGGAUCAAAUAAGGAAAUGUCAAAUCGCUGCAGAAGACUACGAAAAUGAAAUUGGCAGAAUGCUGUGCAGACCAUUCUUCAGCGACGAGGUCCAUCCAUUUAUGAAGAAAAUGGCAAAAGGUUUGGAGAUGAAAGAGAAAUGUCCGUGUUCCAAACCGGAUUAUUGCAAAUGACAUACCGUUUUAACUGGC